AUGAUCUCUUACGUCGUUGGAUUGGUAUAAUAUAAUAAUUAAAGUCCUUAUUACCCGGCAAUUAGAAUAAAAAAUAAUGAGUUGUAGAUUAGAGCGAUGAAUGAUGAAAAUAAAUUCGAAGUGAUAUCCUGCAGGUUAGAUUUACCAGAUUUAGCUAUAUAGUGGUGUUAUAAUUAGUUAAAAAAUAAUUAUUUUUUAGGUUUAAUGAUUUCAUUAAUGGGUUUAAAGUUUUUAGAAAGUAAUCUAGAAUUAUUGUAGUUGGAUAAGAAUACAAUGAAUUGAG